AUGGCAGGCUUGGUGCUCCUGGGGCUGGCACUGAGCUCAGGCGUCACUGUGGCCAAGUCAGAAGGAGGCAGCUUAUGCUUAAGGAGCCAGGUGUUCUUCAGGGAUGCUUGCUAUGAAUUCCUGCCGCUGGGACACACCUUCCAUGGUGCCCAGGGCUGGUGCGAAGGGCAUGGAGGCCACCUGGUCUUCAUUCGUGAUGAAGACACUCAACAGUUCCUGCAGAAGCACAUUUCCCAGGACAGAGACUGGUGGAUUGGACUCACAGGAACCUCAGCAUCCAAUGGGAGUGUGGGAGGCUCUGGGACCUGGCUGGACUCUACAGAUGUGAACUAUAGCAACUGGCAGGAAGGGCAGGCCACACCUGCCCCAGGGACCUGCGGCUGCAUCAGGGGUGGCUCUUCAUCCCGGUGGGCUGCCUUAGAGGACUGUGCCCAGGCCCUUGCCUUCAUCUGCGAGUUUGGGGUCGGCCGCAGCCUGGCUUGUGACGGCCACAACGCCACCAUGCACUGUGGCUCUGGAGAUGUCAUCCAAGUCCAGGAUGCUUUCUUUGGGCGCCAGACCCCCUAUUUGUGCACCUGGGGCAUCUGGCCUCCUGCCGACCUAGAGGGAGAAUGUGGCUGGGUCAGCGUCAAGGAUGAGGUGUCAGGCCAGUGCCAAGGGCUGCAGGCAUGCCAGGUAACCGCAGACGGAACCUACUUUGGAGACCCAUGCCCCAGCAGGGGCAGCUAUCUGUGGGUGCAGUACCAGUGUCUGGAAGGCCUUCGGCUGGCGGUGCCAAACAAGAGCUUCAUCUUUGACAAUGUCACCAUCUCCCUCAUGUGGCUCCUUUCUCCCUACACUGGAAACCUGUCCUGCAUACUCAGCUUGGGAGAUGGUCUCACUUUUGACCCCUACUACCCUCCCAGCGUGUUCAGCAACAUGACCCACCAGUUCACCUCUCCUGGGGAGUUCACUGUGUUUGCUGAGUGUACAACCAGCGAGUGGCACGUGACUGCACAGAAACAAGUGAUAGUUCGAGACAAGAUGGAGGUGCCCCAAAUCACUGGGUGCGCCGGCUUGUCUGGCUCUGGAGCCAGCCUCCUCUGUCAGGCUGUCUAUGGAGAACCUCUGUGGAUUCAGGUGGAUCUGGAUGGAGGAACUGGGGUGACUUACGCUGUGCUUUCGGAUAACAUAACUCUGGCUGAGCUCACCACCAAGAGGGGCUUGAACACUUACAAUCUGACCCUGGACAGAGAAAUCCAGGAGCUGCUGGGACCUGGGAGGCACCACCUGAAGAUCCAAGCCGUCGGCAACAGCACCGCCUCCGGCCCCUCUGGAAACAUCACUGUCCACUUCAUGGAGCUGCUGUCGGGGCUGCAGGCCUCCUGGGCUUCUGAUCGCGUGGAGCUUGGGUGGGAUCUGCUGGUCAAUGUCUCAGUGGCUCAUGGUACCUUGGAGGAGCUGACCUUUGAGGUGGCAGGACUCAAUGCAACCUUCUCCCAGAAGGAAGAGAGUGUUGGGCAAUCAUCUGGGAUCUACCAUGUGGCAGUUCCUUUUGAAGGCACCUUUCUGGUCACCGUGCGUGUGCGGAACACUUUCUCAGACUUGUGCUUGGACAUUGGGAACCUCACAGUCACAGCCCCUUCCAGUCUCCAAGAACCAUCUGGAAUAAGCACUGAGGCAAAGAAUGGAGACAAAGGGGACAUGAAGGUGUUCACUGAGCCUGAAUUGUACGUGGACCCUUUCACAGAAGUCACGCUAGGCUGGCCGGAUGAUGACCCAGGCUUGGACUUCCGCUGGUCCUGUGGACAUUGCUGGGCUCAGUGGGCUGACUGUGUGGAGAGGCAGCUCAUCCACACAGACCAAAGGUUGCUGGUGCUCCAUACCUCCUGCCUGCCACCGGUCAACUCUGCCGUCACCCUGCACUUGGCUAUCCUAAGGGGCUGGAAACUGCAGAAAGAGACAGAACGGUGCCUCUAUGUGUUUGCUCCCAUGGACCUUGGGCCUCAAAUCAGCUGUGUGAAGAACUGCUGGCCAGUGAAUGCUGACCAAGACGUUCUGCUCACAGUCACUGUGGGAGAUGAAACCCCAGUGGCCAUGUUCACCUGGUACUUAGAUGCCACCUCAUCAGAGAAGGCUGAGCCCCUCCCAGGUGCCUGCAGACUCAGAGGAUUUUGGCCACGCUCACUGACCCACCUUUAUAGCAACUCCUCCAUGCUGUCGCUGAACAGCAGCUUCCUGCAGACUUGGGGACCUGUUAUCCACAUCCAGGUCACAGCACUGACCAGCCAUGCCUAUGGGGAGGAUACCUACGUGAUCAGCUUGCUGCCUCGACCUGAGGUGCCUGUCUGCACAAUUGUUCCGGAGGAGGGUACUGUACUGACGAGCUUUGCUCUCUUCUGUAGCACCUCCACAGCCCCAGGCCCCGUGGAGUACUGCUUCUGUCUGCACUCAGGAUCCUGCCUCCACUGCGGCCCUGAACCAGCCCUCCCUACUGUGUAUCUACCACUUGGAGAAGAAAAGGAUGGCUUUGUCUUGACAGUAGUCAUCUCUGUCACCAAUCAGGGAGGGGACAGAGAGCAGACCCAAGUGGCAGUUAAGGUGGGACAUGGUGACACAGACAUUGAAGAGGUGGCAUUCCAAAAUAUUGUGUCAGAGAGAAUCACCACGGCUCUGCAAGAUGAGCAUGGCUGUGAGCAGCUUCUCCUAUUUGCCAAGGCUGUGUCAUCUGAGCUGAACCAGGAAGACCAGAGCCCAGGCUCUGGGCAGAUGAGAAUAGAUGUCAAGUGCAAGGUCAGAGAGCUUGUGCUGAGAUCGCUGUCCGAGGUCACCUCCAGCCUGGAGAACAUGCAGAGGGUUCAGGGUUUGGCUGAGGCCCUGAGAGAGGUGACUCAUCGCAGUGAGGAGCUCACCCCUGUGGCCCAGUGGGAGGCCAGCCAGGUUCUGCUGCAUGCCACUGAAGCCCUGUUGACAGCCAGUGCCAAGGUUCAUUCUGAGGAUCAGAGACACCAGGAAGCCACCAGGGCCAUGUUUCAGGCUGCGGGGCAUGUGCUGGAAGCGUCCCUCAGCCAUGGAUCAGAAGAGCCUACGGAGGCUGACAGGAGCCAGGUGGGUACCUUGGACCUUGCUCUCAUUGUGGCCCAGCUGCUUCAGGCUGUAGACCAUUUGCAGACUGCCCUUCUGUUGGGAACGUUGCCAGGGGACCUUCCAGCCAUCCUGGCCACACCCUCCAUCUCUGUAUACACGGACAGAAUACAGGCACGGGAUUGGCAAGGCUCUUCAGUGUACACUGCCACCACUCACUCUGUGACCUUCACCUUGCCUGCUGCCACCUCCCUCUUCCCUAUGGAGAACAUCCAGGAGCCUGUAGACAUAAGGAUGAUGAGUUUCUCACAGAACCCCUUCCCUUCCCGAAGCCGAUUUGAUGUCAGUGGAUCUGUUGGUGGGCUCCGUCUGAGCAGCCCCAGUGGCCAUUCCAUCCCUGUGAAGAACCUGUCGCAGAAUAUCGAGAUCCUGCUGCCCCGGAUUUCAGAACACAAGCCAACAAUGCUGAGCUUGGCCACCCCGGAAGCUCUGUGGAUAAAUGUGACUACAGGGGAUGCAGCUCUGGGGAUCCAGCUACACUGGGGAUCUGGAGUCUCACUCACACUCAGGCUGGGCUAUGGCUACCACCCCAAUGAGACCAGCUAUGAUGCCCAAACACACCUGCUUCCUAUGGCUACAGGUGAGGACCCCACGUGGAUCCUGGGCCCACAGGACCUGCCCUUUGGAGAAGGAAUCUACUAUUUGAGGGUGUUCCCCGAGGAUGACCUGGAGUCUACCUCUGGCAGGAACCUCACAGUUGGCAUUACCACCUUCCUGUCACAUUGUGUAUUUUGGGAUGAAACCCAGGAGACCUGGGACAACUCUGGAUGCCGGGUGGGCCCACGGACCACCACCUUCCGAACGCACUGCCUUUGCGACCACCUCACCUUCUUCGGAAGCACGUUCCUGGUGAUGCCCAAUGCGGUCGAUGUCCAGCAGGCCGCUGAGCUCUUUGCCACCUUCGAGGACAACCCUGUGGUGGUUACCACGGUGGGCUGCCUCUGCGUGGUCUACGUGCUGGUAGUGAUCUGGGCCCGGAGAAAGGACAUACAGGAUCAGGCUAAGGUGAAAGUCAUAGUGCUUGAGGACAAUGACCCCUUUGCCCACUGUCACUACCUGGUGACUGUCCACACUGGACACCGGCGAGGGGCGGCCACAUCUUCAAAGGUGACGCUCACCCUGUAUGGCUCGGAGGGAGAGAGUGAGCCCCACCACCUGUCAGGCCCUGGUGCGGCAGUGUUUGAGCGAGGAGGGGUGGAUGUCUUCCUGCUUUCUACUCUGUUUCCCCUGGGAGAACUGCGGAGCCUCAGGCUGUGGCAUGACAACUCUGGGGACAGGCCAUCAUGGUAUGUGAGCCGGGUACUGGUGUAUGAGCCUGUGAUGGACCGGAAAUGGUACUUCCUUUGCAACUCGUGGCUGUCCAUCGAUGUUGGAGACUGUGUCCUUGACAAGGUGUUUCCUGUGGCCACGGAGCAAGAGAGGAAGCAGUUUAGCCACCUGUUUUUCACAAAGACCUCCACGGGCUUCCAGGAUGGGCACAUCUGGUAUUCAGUCUUCUGUAACGCCACACGGAGCGGCUUCACGCGUGUGCAGAGGGUGUCCUGCUGCUUCUCCAUGCUCCUCUGCACCAUGCUGACCAGCAUCAUGUUCUGGGGUGUCCCAAAGGACCCUGCCGAGCAGAAGAUGGACUUGGGCAAAAUUGAAUUCACGUGGCAGGAGGUGAUGAUUGGGUUGGAGAGCUCCAUCCUUAUGUUUCCCAUCAACCUCCUGAUUGUCCAGAUCUUUCGGAACACCCGACCUCGGCUCCCAACAGAGAAGGAUGGGAAGCGGGAGCAGGGACCCCCCAACCUGACUCCCUCACCACAGCCCGUGGAGGAGGGACUUCUGACACCUGACACAGGUAUAGAGCGUCUCGUCGCCUCACUAUUUAAGGCCCUGAAGGUGCCGCUGCCAGCCUCAGGCUGGGACUCUAUGAGCCUGAUGGACAUUAACUACCUCCUCGCCUUAAUGGAAGACAUUGUCUGUCCAGACAGCACAACAAGAUGGGAGUUCUGGGAGGAAGCCAGGGGGAGAGACGACCCUUUUACCUUCCCACUUGGGUCUGUUCAGGGGAAAGAGAACCCCUGGCACCCCAAGCCCAAGACGGUGGUGAGUGGCCUUUGGAAGGACAGUGUCUAUAGGCAUUGUCUCUACCUUCAGCUGGAGCACGUGGAGCGGGAGCUGCGGCUGAUGGGGCCCCAAGGCUUCCUACAUGACCACAGCCAUGCCCAGGCCCUCAGGCAGCUUCAUGUUCUGAAGGGCCACCUCUGGGGGCAGCCUGGCAGCACAGCACUAGCCCAUGCCAGCACUCCUCGGGCCAGCAAGACCCCUCGUGGCCUACCCUGGUGGUGUGUCCUGGUGGGCUGGCUUCUGGUGGCAACCACCAGCGGGGUGGCAGGCUUCUUCACCAUGCUGUAUGGCCUGCACUACGGAAGGGCCAGCUCCCUCAAGUGGCUCAUCUCCAUGGCCAUCUCCUUUGUUGAGAGUGUGUUCAUCACUCAACCCCUGAAGGUGCUGGGCUUUGCUGCUUUCUUUGCACUGGUCUUGAAGAGAGAGGAUGAUGAAGAGAACUUGCCUUCAUUGCCAGGACAUCUGUCUGGCCCAGGCUCCUAUGCCUUGUUCAGAACAGGAAGACGCAGCAGCAAGGAUGGUUAUCAGCCUCCUCUGGCCGCCGCAGUUGAGAAGAUGAAAAGCACUCGUCUCAAGGAGCAGAAAGCAUUUGCUCUCAUCAGAGAAAUCCUGGCUUACCUGGGCUUCCUGUGGAUGCUGCUGCUGGUGGCCUAUGGGCAAAGGGACCCCAGUGCUUACCACCUCAACAGACACCUGGAACACAGCUUCACUCAAGGCUUUUCAGCUGUUCUGAGCUUCAGGGAGUUCUUCCAGUGGGCCAACACCACUCUUGUGAAGAACCUAUAUGGCCAUCACCCAGGCUUUGUCACUGACGGGAACUCCAAGUUGGUUGGCAGUGCUCACAUUCGUCAAGUGAGGGUCCGGGAAAGCUCUUGCGCUGUUGCCCAGCAGUUCCAGGCUUCUUUUGAUGGAUGUCAUGCUCCGUACUCCCUGGGUGUUGAAGACCUGGCAGACUAUGGAGAAAGCUGGAAUGUCUCUGCUCACAAUAACAGCAAUGGCUUCCCUCAGGCGUGGCGAUACCAGAACCAGAGACAACGCCAGGGUUAUCCCACGUGGGGCAAACUUACCGUGUAUGGGGGAGGAGGCUAUGUGGUCCCCUUGGGAACUGACCACCAAAGUGCCUCAAGGGUUCUCCAGUACCUCUUUGACAGCCGCUGGUUGGACACCCUGACUAGAGCAGUGUUUGUGGAGUUCACUGUCUACAAUGCCAAUGUCAACCUGUUCUGCAUUGUCACACUCACCCUGGAGAAUAGCGCCCUAGGUACCUUCUUCUCACACGUGGCCCUGCAGAGCCUACGCCUCUACCCCUUCACGGAUGGCUGGCACCCCUUCGUGGUGGCAGCCGAGCUCAUUUACUUCCUCUUCCUCUUCUACUACAUGGUGGUGCAGGGCAAGCUCAUGAAGAAGCAGAAGUGGGGUUACUUUCGAAGCAAGUGGAAUCUUCUGGAAUUGGCCAUCAUCCUGGCCAGCUGGAGCGCCCUGGCAGUAUUUGUGAAGAGGGCUAUCCUGGCAGAUCGGGACCUCCAGCGCUACCGGAAGCACAGGGGCGAGGGGAUCAGUUUCAGUGAGACAGCAGCAGCUGAUGCUACGCUUGGCUACAUCAUUGCCUUCCUCGUCCUGCUGUCCACAGUGAAGCUUUGGCACCUGCUCAGGUUGAAUCCCAAAAUGAACAUGAUCACAUCAGCACUAUGCCGUGCCUGGGGUGACAUUUCAGGCUUUUUCGCUGUCAUCCUUAUUAUGUUCUUGGCUUAUUCCAUUGCGUCGAACCUAAUAUUUGGAUGGAAACUCUGUUCCUACAAAACCCUCUUGGAUGCAGCGGAAACAAUGAUCAACCUUCAGUUGGGGAUCUUCAACUACGAAGAGGUCCUGGACUACAGCCCAGUCCUUGGCUCCUUCCUCAUUGGGUCCUGCAUAGUUUUUAUGACAUUUGUGGUACUGAAUCUCUUUAUCUCUGUCAUUCUGGUGGCCUUCAGUGAGGAGCAAAAAUAUGACCAGGUGUCAGAGGAGGGAGAGAUUGCAGACUUGCUUCUGAUGAAGGUCCUCAGCUUCCUGGGCAUCAGAUGUAAAAGGGAAGAGCCUCCUCUGAGCAGCAGUGAGCAGCUGCAGCUGUCCUCCCCGGCUCUGCCCCCUCAACCAACACAAGCUUUGUCCAGGGUUUAA